GUCCAAAGCGCGAAGUAACACGAACAUCGAGUUCUCUGUCAACAGCUGGAGGAACGCGAUUAAUCGAAUUUUAGGAUGCGGAAGAAAUAAUCGAUUCCUCGAUUGAUCGAUCGUUCCGCCUUUCUGCCUCGAAUUCGAAUAGGUUACCUAGGUAAACUUUUGCUUGUCAAUGCUAGUCUUAAAAAACGCUUAUUUGAUUACGAAAGUGUGACGCGAUGCCUUUAUUCUUCAAUAAGUUUUCCCCUAAGAAGACGCCGAUUAGGAAGGCAUCUGUUUUUCUAGCAAAUAAAAAUUUAAGCCCUAAGCGAAUAGAGAAGGAACUUGGCCCAGAAAUAGGUCCUAUACGUCUCCAUCUUGGAGAUCAGGAAGCUGUUUUUGAGGCUGGCCUGUGGAUUCCAGAGUCUGGCAAGGUAGGAGGUACUUUCAAAGAGAAUGAAAAAUUAAAAAAGGAAGUAAGACGACUGGAGGAAGAGAACAAUCUAUUAAAGCUAAAAUUUGAUGUACUUUUAGACAUGUUAACACAAACAACUGCUGAAGUUCACUCGCAGAAAGAAGAAUUGGAUAGACUGAAAAAUAAUUCUUCUCAUAACAAACAAAUUGCCGUUUAAUUAUUAUCUCCUCUUUAAUUAUUAAACAUUGUUAUCUGCACUUGAUAUAAAUAAUAAACUAUAAAACAAUA